UGUGUUUCAUUACGGACAAAAGUUGGGAUAUUCCUAUAUUUUACUUUAUCUAUUCAAUAUGAGAGAAUGUAUUUCAGUUCACAUUGGACAGGCUGGCGUUCAGAUCGGAAACGCUUGCUGGGAGUUGUAUUGUUUGGAGCAUGGUAUCCAGCCUGAUGGACAUAUGCCUUCGGAUAAAACUGUUGGCGGUGGCGAUGAUUCUUUCAAUACCUUUUUUAGUGAAACAAAUGCCGGAAAGCAUGUGCCACGUGCAGUAUUUGUUGACUUGGAGCCCACUGUGGUUGAUGAAGUGCGGACUGGUACAUAUCGACAGCUAUUUCACCCCGAACAGUUAAUCACCGGUAAAGAGGAUGCAGCCAACAAUUAUGCUCGUGGACACUAUACUAUCGGCAAGGAAAUUGUUGAUAUUGUAUUAGAUCGCAUACGGAAACUAGCUGAUCAAUGCACCGGUCUUCAAGGAUUCUUAGUAUUUCACUCAUUUGGUGGAGGAACUGGGUCUGGUUUUACAUCGCUACUUAUGGAGCGACUAUCAGUUGAUUAUGGAAAAAAGUCAAAGCUGGAGUUCUCAAUCUACCCAGCUCCACAAGUUUCGACAGCUGUUGUAGAGCCAUAUAAUUCUAUUUUAACAACCCACACUACUCUGGAACACUCCGACUGUGCAUUUAUGGUUGACAACGAGGCCAUAUAUGAUAUUUGCCGACGGAAUUUGGACAUUGAGCGACCGACCUACAUGAACCUAAAUCGUUUAAUUGGGCAAAUUGUUUCCUCAAUAACGGCAUCGUUGCGCUUCGACGGAGCGCUCAAUGUAGAUUUAACUGAAUUCCAAACUAAUUUGGUUCCCUACCCACGCAUUCAUUUUCCUCUUGCCACAUAUGCCCCAGUAAUUUCCGUUGAAAAAGCUUAUCAUGAGCAAUUAACCGUCGCGGAAAUAACAAAUGCUUGCUUCGAACCGGCCAACCAGAUGGUUAAGUGUGAUCCCCGGCAUGGAAAGUAUAUGGCAUGUUGUAUGCUGUACCGAGGUGACGUUGUUCCCAAAGAUGUGAACGCAGCAAUCGCAACAAUUAAGACAAAACGAUCAAUUCAGUUCGUUGACUGGUGCCCAACCGGCUUUAAAGUGGGCAUAAACUAUCAACCACCCACUGUCGUUCCGGGUGGAGAUUUAGCCAAGGUUCAACGUGCAGUGUGCAUGUUGUCAAACACUACGGCAAUUGCUGAAGCAUGGGCUCGUUUGGACCAUAAGUUUGAUCUUAUGUAUGCCAAACGUGCUUUUGUACACUGGUAUGUCGGCGAAGGUAUGGAAGAGGGUGAAUUUUCUGAGGCCAGAGAGGAUCUAGCUGCACUGGAAAAAGAUUACGAAGAAGUUGGAAUUGAUUCAACAGCCGAGGUUGACGAAGGUGAUGAAUACUAAAGCAGUAUCGACGUAAUGACAAGCACAUUGCACAACUCUAAAAAUCAAUAAAAACCUUUGACCAUCUUCCCUUUUUUAAAUAUACACUUGGAAAUGCAAGCAUUAAAAACAAAAACAAAAAAUAUAAAGCAAAAUAAAUACACAUAUUCACAAAGUAACAUGUGUUAAAGAGUUAGUCGGCUAUGAAUAACCAGCUUUCAGAACUUAUUGGACAAAGAAAAAAUUUAAUUUUAUUGCAAGUUUAAUAAAAAAUGUCAUGUUUAUUGUGUUUAAAA